UUGCCUUGAAAACCAUCUCCUUUUUACAAGUCACACAAUGAAAAUUAUUCUGGUUCUGACCUUCCUGGCCACUUUGGCACUUUCCCUUGCUUUUCCACAGGUGGGACAUGGAUCUGUUAAUGGACCUAGUGGGCGCUUUCCAAUGACCAAAAAUUGGGCAUCUCCACCGAUUGAUCUGAGAAAGCCCAUUAUCUUUCUGCCAGAGGCCACGCCCAUUCACGAAGCCCAGGAAUCGCGACCCGGGCAAACCAGACGUCGCAAGAGCGGAUAGAUUGCUAGAAAAACAAAUAUUUAAAUUAAUUCUAGUUCUGUAAAAAAUGUUAAUCUCUCUUGCCUAACUUAAGCAAGUUGAGUCGUUAUAAAUAAAACAAUAUGUUUUGUGUUGAUACCGUUAA